AUGGCAGCGCUGCCUCCGAACUUUGAUGUGCACAUGUCAUACAAGAUAAAGACGACCAAAUCGUCAAAGAAGCUCAACAAGUUCUUUGGCGAGCAGGCACCACACGAUAUCUGCGUGCGCGAGAUCCGCAAUGAAGGACUAAAGGCGCUACUGCAAUCGAAAAUACCGCUCUGCUAUUUCCUGUAUCAUUUACUGGAGGAAUUCAGUUGCGAGAAUUUGUUCUUCUUUAUCGAACUCGAACAAUACGCGUCAUUUACGUAUGUGUCGCACGUCCAACAACUCGCCACGGCACAGCAUAUCCACAACACGUAUCUAACGCGCAACAGUCACUUUGAGGUCAACCUGGACGACAAGGUUCGGCGGCAGGCUACGGCGGCACUGGAAGAUCAGCGGGUGGAAGGGUUAUUCGACAAUGCGAAACGGGCAGUGUAUUCGUUGCUCGAGUCAAGUUUUAUGCGCUUCUGUCAAACAGACACGUUUACCAAAAUGGUUAUGAACUGUGGUAAGUAG